GUUGGGAAAAUGAGUGAAUAAAAAGGGGAGCAGAGAAGAGAAGGAGUGGAAAUAGAGAGAGAAAGUAGAAUUGAGAUGGGGAGGGCUCCUUGCUGCGAUAAGGCGAACGUGAAGAAGGGCCCAUGGUCUCCUGAAGAAGAUGAAAAACUAAAGGACUUCAUCAACAACUACGGCCCCGCCGGAAACUGGAUUGCUCUCCCUCAAAAAGCGGGACUGAAGAGAUGCGGCAAGAGCUGCCGGUUAAGAUGGCUGAAUUAUCUGAGGCCUAACAUCAAGCACGGCCAAUUUUCAGAUGACGAAGACAGAAUCAUCUGCACCCUUUAUGGAACCAUCGGAAGCAGGUGGUCAAUCAUAGCAUCUCAGCUUCCGGGAAGAACAGACAACGACAUCAAGAACUACUGGAACACAAAGCUGAAGAAGAAAAUCCUCCAAGCAAGAUUCCAACCACCCUUUUCGUUUCCGCUUCAGACAUCAACCCCACAAUCGCAUUUCUACAUGACCUCGUUUGUUGAUCAAUCGAGGAAACCUCUCCCCGCCGAGUCCAUCACUUUCUUAGCUCCACACAAUAAUAAUACUCCUCCUCCUGUGUACUACUCCAGCAGCAACCAAUUAAAUGAGGAAUUUCAUGGCUACUAUAAUCCCAUGCUUGUGAGUGGGAGCUGCAGCCAGAUCAAAAGUGAAGAAGUUGGAAAUUAUAACUGGUUGGCGCUUCAAGAUCAUCAGAAGCAGCGGAAUGGGGUUUUGGAGAAUAAUACUAGUGAGUUGCAGUAUGAUCUGGAGGAAGUCAUUACCAGCGCCGGCGGUGGUGGGGGUUUGUUUUUCGGCGGCGACGAGAGCAAGGCUGGAGCCAUGGGAAUGCACUACUUUUCAUAUUAGGUUUUACUAUUGGACGACAAAAUGGAAAUUAAUAGCUUUGGCUACAGAUGUGCAUGUAUGUGACUAAUCAAAAUAUUAACCCAUUUUUAUUCAUUACUA